AUGCUCAACAAGAGAAGGAUUACUGAUGGUCCUCCACGAUUUAAGAGAGGCAAGUCUUCUCAGGCUCUACCACACGCACCAUUCGGUUGUGAUCCUGAGGAUCAGGACGACAUAAUAGUAGACCGAGUCCAGUCCCUAGAGGAGCUUGUUAGAGCUUCAGGUACUACCACUAGAGCGAUCGAGCGACGAGUUGAAAGACUCGUGGAGGAGGAGAAGGAUGAUUCAGAAGCCAUCCAAAUCCUCUAUCAGAGUAUGGGUGUUAGUCAUGCUGAGGCAAAUGCCAUGGGUGCCCAUGAUAAUGGCCCCAUGAAAGAGUCCACGAGUUUAUCCACCACCAACUCCCCAAAGCAACUAAUAGGGUGCACUGGUGGUAAUUCAAACUCCGAAAGAACUCCAGAAGAAACCCCACAGGUUGUCAAUACAUCAAACCCACCAUUUCAAAUGGAUUCCACUUAG